AUGUCGGCUGCCGUGGCGUGCCUGGACUACUUCGCCGCCGAGUGCUUGGUGUCCAUGUCCGCGGGUGCUGUGGUUCACCGCCGCCCGCCGGACCCCGAGGGCGCGGGCGGAGCGGCCAGCUCGGAGGUGGGUGCGGCGCCGCCGGAGUCCGCUCUGCCGGGUCCGGGGCCACCGGGGCCCGCGUCGGUCCCCCCGCUCCCCCAGGUCCCCGCCCCUAGCCCCGGCGCGGGCGGCGCCGCGCCCCACCUGCUGGCUGCAAGCGUCUUGGCUGACUUGCGCGGCGGCUCUGGUGGGGGCUUCGGAGAGUACUCCGGGGAAGUUCUGCGCGACUCGUCCGGCUCCUCCGACCCGACCCCGUGCUCCGGCCCGACCCUGGGCUCCCAGCCAGCCCCGGCCUCCAGCGCAGCCGAGGUCUCGGGACCCAUGCACUCCACCGGCGCGCUCGAAGUCCCUGGCGCGCCAGCCGUCCCGGGAGCGCCUGCCCACCCUGGCGCGGUGUCUGGCGUGGCCCCUGGGGCCGGCCCCGCCCCCGCCACGGGUCCAGGCCCCCGUCGGAGGCCAGUAACACCUGCUGCCAAGCGCCAUCGCUGCCCCUUUCCGGGCUGCAACAAAGCCUAUUACAAGUCAUCACAUCUGAAGUCCCACCAGCGCACCCACACGGGUGAGCGCCCUUUCUCCUGCGACUGGCUCGACUGCGACAAGAAGUUUACGCGCUCCGACGAGCUGGCCCGCCACUACAGGACGCACACGGGCGAGAAACGCUUCUCCUGCCCACUCUGCCCCAAGCAGUUCUCUCGGAGCGACCACCUGACCAAGCACGCCCGCCGCCACCCAUCCUAUCAUCCUGACAUGAUCGAGUACCGGGGGCGCCGUCGCACCCCCCGCGUCGACCCGCAACCCGCCAACCUGGUGGACAGCUCCGGCUCCGUCCCCGGGCAGGUGCCCAGCUUCACCACCUGCUUGUCUGACAGUCACUGCUGUUAGUCGUUCCCGCAAGGAUGAUCCCCCAGGCCACUGUCCUUGCUUUUUCUCUGCCCAUCCCUCUUUCCCUGAGU